AUGUCAAAAGCAUUGUUGGGCAAACUCGACGACCUCAGCUGGGAGGCCUCAGAGUGGUCCGAGGUGCACCAUAACGACAGCGCUACGGAGCUGGACUCCGAUGCUCUGCUGCUCUCCAUCACCUCCCACGCCACAUCUAUCCAACUGAGUCUCCAAAAAUCACAGAGUUCCAGAUCCAGCCUACGACAACUACCUUCUCGAAAGGCCUUAGAGUCGGGCUUGGACAGUUUGCAUACCAUGCUAGAAUGCCUAGAGGGCUUGGCGGAGCAGGACAUGUUGGAAAUCCAGCGUUGCCUCGACGAAACCGUCUCCACACUCAGAAACUCUCCCGCCUGGAGCACCACUAUCUUUAAAAGGGGCGAUUUCAUGACUAUCACACAGAAAGAUAUCAGAGCUCUGUUUGCCAAGCUCCGGUCUUUUACAGACCAGUUGCUGGCCACUCUCGAAGAGCGGCAACGCUUGACCGAGACUCUCAAGCUUACUCCGUCGCUGGACGACAAUAUGGACUUGAUAAAUUUGCUCGCAAAGAUCAAAAAGAGCCUCCAGUAUCUACAUCUGGAUAUCUCCACCGGUCACGCUGACCAGUUUGCCACACAGUUCGCUACCAUCGUGGAUUCAUAUGCUGAGCAGCUUGCCGUUUUGUCCAAAGAUGCAUAUGUUGACGCACAUGAGUAUGAAUACACUGAGAAAAUCACCAAACCGGAAGCGCCUGAGCUCACCACCAAGAAACUGGUGCGGUUCAAGGACUACAACACCGAUGAUGAUAAUAUGAGGUCUCAGCUUAUGGGCACCCAGGGCCAGAUUAAGCCAUAUCGGGACGACCCGGAGGAAGCUGACGCCCAGUCGUUGAAUUCUGUAGAUACUUCCAAUCGUGAGAUGUUUGCGCAGCAUCAGCAACAGCUUUUGCAGCAAGACGAGAAUUUAGAUACCUUGCAUGAUUCGAUCAGAGUCCAGCACUCCAUGGGCCGCAAUAUCAACGACGAGUUGGACGACCACCUCAUAUUGCUUAAUGACUUAGAACGAGGUGUGGACGAUUCCAGCUCCCGCUUGGGCCGGGCCAGUCUCCGACUCAAGGACUUCCUCUUGUCACUAUCAUCGUUCUCUCUGUGA